AGUUAGUGUUGAGUGUGGGAGAGACAAAACAGAACAUUGAAAAAUCUCUCUGUAUGAUGGCUUCAUUAGCUUGUGUUGAAGACAAGAUGAAAACAAGUUGUUUGGUUAAUGGAGGAGGAACAAUAACAACAACAACAACAUCUCAAUCUACUCUGCUUGAAGAGAUGAAGCUGUUGAAGGACCAGUCAGGAACAAGAAAGCCGGUAAUAAACUCGGAGCUAUGGCAUGCUUGUGCUGGCCCUUUGGUUUGUCUCCCUCAAGUUGGAAGCUUAGUGUAUUAUUUCUCACAAGGUCAUAGCGAGCAGGUUGCUGUUUCAACCAGAAGGUCAGCAACAACUCAAGUUCCUAACUACCCAAACCUUCCAUCUCAGUUGAUGUGUCAAGUCCAUAAUGUUACUCUUCAUGCUGACAAAGACAGCGACGAAAUCUAUGCUCAGAUGAGUCUUCAACCUGUUCACUCUGAGAGAGAUGUGUUCCCUGUACCGGACUUUGGGAUGUUAAGAGGAGGAAGUAAGCACCCGACUGAGUUUUUCUGCAAAACACUUACUGCAAGUGACACAAGCACACAUGGAGGUUUCUCCGUGCCACGUAGAGCUGCAGAGAAGCUAUUUCCACCAUUGGACUACACAGCACAGCCGCCAACGCAAGAGCUUGUAGUUCGAGAUCUGCAUGAGAAUACUUGGACAUUUCGCCAUAUCUAUCGAGGGCAACCAAAGAGACAUCUCCUAACAACAGGAUGGAGUUUGUUCGUUGGAUCGAAAAGAUUGAGAGCUGGGGAUUCUGUUUUGUUCAUCAGGGAUGAGAAGUCGCAACUGAUGGUCGGUGUGAGGCGUGCCAAUCGCCAACAAACCGCACUUCCUUCAUCAGUUCUCUCAGCGGAUAGUAUGCACAUCGGUGUUCUUGCUGCUGCUGCGCAUGCAACUGCAAACCGCACUCCUUUCUUGAUAUUCUAUAAUCCAAGAGCCUGUCCAGCAGAGUUUGUGAUUCCUCUAGCUAAGUACCGUAAGGCUAUAUGUGGGUCUCAGCUCUCAGUUGGUAUGAGGUUUGGAAUGAUGUUUGAAACUGAAGAUUCCGGGAAACGAAGGUACAUGGGAACCAUUGUUGGAAUCAGCGAUCUUGAUCCGUUGAGAUGGCCUGGUUCUAAGUGGCGUAACCUUCAGGUUGAAUGGGAUGAGCCUGGAUGUAACGAUAAACCUACUCGGGUCAGUCCAUGGGAUAUUGAAACACCUGAAAGUCUCUUCAUUUUUCCUUCUCUGACCUCAGGACUCAAACGUCAGCUCCAUCCAUCUUACUUUGCGGGUGAAACUGAAUGGGGUAGCUUGAUAAAACGGCCACUUAUACGUGUUCCUGAUUCCGCGAACGGGAUUAUGCCUUACGCAUCAUUCCCUAAUAUGGCUUCGGAGCAGCUUAUGAAAAUGAUGAUGAGGCCUCACAACAACCAAAAUGUACCAUCUUUCAUGUCUGAGAUGCAGCAGAAUGUUGUAAUGGGCCAUGGAGGUUUGCUAGGAGAUAUGAAGAUGCAGCAACCCAUGAUGAUGAACCAGAAAUCUGAGAUGUUGCAGCCACAAAACAAGCUAACAGUGAACCCAUCUGCUUCUAAUACGAGUGGCCAAGAACAGAAUCUGUCACAGAACAUGAGUACUCCUGCAAAGCCUGACAACUCGACACUUUCUGGCUGCAGCUCUGGUAGAGUCGAGCAUGGACUUGAGCAGUCAAUGGAACAGGCAAGCCAGGUGACUACAGCCACAGUGUGUAAUGAGGAAAAGGUUAAUCAGCUACUUCAGAAACCGGGUGCUUCGUCUCCUGUACAAGCUGAUCCAUGUCUUGACGUUAGUCAACAGAUUUAUCCACCACAGUCUGAUCCAAUAAAUGGAUUCUCUUUUCUGGAAACUGAUGAGCUGACAUCACAAGUCUCUUCCUUCCAGUCUCUUGCCGGAUCAUACAAGCAACCAUUCAUGCUAUCCUCCCAGGAGUCUUCAGCUGUUGGGUUACCGGAUUCAACAAACUCACCGAUGUUUCACGAUGUGUGGGACAAUCAGUUGAACGGUCUCAAAUUUGACCAGUUCAGUCCCUUGAUGCAGCAGGACCUUUAUGCUAGUCAGAAUAUUUGUAUGAGUAAUAGCACAACCAGCAACAUUCUAGAUCCUCCACUCUCAAACACAGUUCUUGAUGACUUCUGUGCCAUCAAAGAAACUGAUUUCCAGAACCACCCUUCUAGUUGUUUGGUUGGAAACAACAACACUAGCUUUGCUCAAGAUGUCCAGUCACAGAUCACAUCAGCUAGCUUUGCAGACUCACAGGCCUUUUCUCGUCAAGAUUUUCCAGAUAAUUCCGGAGGGACUGGUACAUCUUCAAGCAAUGUUGAUUUUGAUGAUAGUAGUCUGCUGCAAAAUAGUAAAGGCUCAUCAUGGAAGAAAAUUGCAACACCCCGCGUCCGAACCUACACUAAGGUUCAAAAAACCGGGUCAGUUGGGAGGUCAAUUGAUGUCACAAGCUUCAAAGACUACAAGGAGCUAAAAUCUGCAAUCGAGUGCAUGUUUGGAUUGGAAGGACUACUCACUCACCCACAAAGCUCUGGUUGGAAGCUUGUAUAUGUUGAUUAUGAGAGUGAUGUUCUACUUGUAGGAGAUGAUCCAUGGGAAGAGUUUGUGGGAUGCGUUAGGUGCAUAAGGAUACUGUCGCCAACAGAGGUCCAGCAGAUGAGUGAAGAAGGUAUGAAGCUUUUGAACAGCGCGGGCAUUAACGAUCUUAAGACUUCUGUUUCAUAAAAUGUAGCAAUAUAAAAAUGAUCUCCUGCUGAUUUGUAAGAAAAAAAGAGAGUAAGAAACUGUUCUUCUCUCGAACUGGUCGAGGAGAAACCAUCUUGUUGUAAGCAUUUGAUGUGUUGUUCCCAUUUGAGACCUGAAACUAUAUUCAUAUUAUGUAGUAGAGUGUGAUGAAUGAAUCAGUAGUUGAGAU